CAGAUACCCAUUGGCAGUUGGGCUAAGGAUCCGAAGCUGAAAGAGAUGGGCGAGCUCAUGAGAGUGCAAAUGACCCAGUCGGUACCCUCAUUCAUGCUAGCAUACUACACGCGCAUCUUGGGCUACAGUGUGGAACGCACCCAGGUGACGAUGGCGCUGGUCAAGAAGGAAUUUCAAGACCGCAGUCUCCAUCUGUACUUGCGGUGGCAUUUUGUAUGUGGUCAAAAACCAGAAUGA